AUGUCUUCCGGUGGCAACAGGUCUUGGUCCGAAGAAGAGGAGAACUACCUUUUGCAAACCCGCAUGCAAAAGAUGCCUUACAAGCACAUUGCUGCACAUCUCAAGAAGACCGAGUUGGCAUGCCGUCUGCAUUACCACCAGUUGUCGCACGGUAGCCAUCGCCGUAAGCGCACCUCGUCUGUUUCUUCGGCGACUUCUUGCAGCUCCGCCGGCCAGUCUCCGGCUUAUUCAAUGGCAGUGGACAAUGAUGAGUACUCUCCAUCGUCCCGCCACGGCUCGCCCAUGAGCUACACCGGCGGCAGCCCCACACAUUAG